AUGAAGAUUUCCAUCGCCCUCCUCCUCCUGGCCCUGGCAGCCACGGCGGGCGCCGUCACAUUCGACGUGACGAACGAGGCGUCGAGCACGGCCGGCGGCCAGCGGUUCGACCAGGAGUACGGCGCCGACUACGCCAAGCAGGUGCUGUCCGACGCGUCCUCCUUCACCUGGGGCAUCUUCAACCAGCCGGACCCCUCCGACCGUAGGCCCGCCGACGGCGACACCGUCACCCUCGCCGUCCGCGACACGGACGGCAUCGCCGCCACCAGCGGCAGCACCGUGGAGCUCAGCGCCCGCUACGUCGGCGGCAUCACCGGCGACGACCUCAAGGAGCAGGUGACGGGGGUGCUGUACCACGAGGUGGCGCACGUGUGGCAGUGGGGGCUGCAGGACUACGGCGCGCACUCGGGGGUCUUCGAGGGCAUCGCGGACUACGUGCGGCUCAAGGCCGGGUACGUGCCGGGGCACUGGGUGAAGGAGGGCGGCGGCGACCGGUGGGAUCAGGGGUACGACGUGACGGCCAGGUUCCUGGACUACUGUGACUCGCUCAAGCCCGGCUUCGUGGCGGAGGUGGGCUUAUUGCGGGACUGUGGUAUUGUCUACCGCGCCAUUGCCAAGUGCAACCAUCAAAAGUUGGAUCUAGUGGUUUCACCCCAGAGCUCGAGAUCUAGUGCUCUAAGAGCAUCCACCAAGCUGACAUCAUCACCUAGGUUAGUAACUUCAGAUUAUAAAUCAUAUGCACAAAUUCUCCAAGACAUGCAGUCCUCCCAUUGUCUUUCUAAAACAAUAUAUCCCCCGCCCAUUGUUCAAGACACUGGCCACAUAAAUCCUAGUGUCUCCACAUCUAUUCUAAAAUCUAGGAUAACUUUUUACAUGGUCAAGUCGACCUCAGUAGGGGAGCGGCAACAACGGCGCGUCGACGUCUCAUUCUUGUGGCAAUAG